AUGCCCAAAGGCAGGUGGAAAAUGUGUCUAAUCUUACUGCCUUUCAUUUUGUUUAAUCUAGUUAUGCCACGUUUUGCUGAACAAGUUGAGGUUGCCAUCGAAGCUUUGAGUGCGAAUGUCCCACAGCCGUUUGAAGAGAAUGAGUUCAUCGAUGCCUCCCGCUUGGUUUAUGAUGGAGUUCGUGACAUCAGGAAAGCUGUUCUGAUGAUAAGGACCCCUGAAGAGCUAGAGGAUGAUUCAGACUUUGAGCAGGAAGAUUAUGAUGUUCGCAGCCGAACAAGUGUUCAGACUGAAGAUGACCAGCUUAUUGCUGGCCAGAGUGCAAGGGCUAUCAUGGCUCAGCUUCCCCAGGAGGAGAAGGCUAAGAUUGCCGAGCAGGUAGAGAUAUUCCACCAAGAAAAGAGCAAACUGGAUGCGGAGGUGGCCAAGUGGGAUGACAGUGGUAAUGACAUCAUUGUGUUGGCAAAGCAGAUGUGCAUGAUUAUGAUGGAAAUGACAGACUUCACUAGAGGUAAAGGCCCGCUGAAGAAUACAUCAGAUGUCAUUAAUGCAGCCAAGAAGAUUGCAGAGGCAGGAUCGAGAAUGGACAAAUUGGCACGGGCGGUAGCUGAUCAGUGCCCAGACUCAGCCUGCAAACAGGAUCUGCUAGCCUACCUGCAGCGCAUUGCCCUCUACUGCCACCAACUCAAUAUCUGCAGCAAAGUCAAGGCAGAAGUUCAGAACCUGGGAGGAGAACUUAUUGUAUCAGGGUUGAACUCCUGUACAUCCCUUUUUGAGAGCAUUGUCUUUCCUGAUAGUGUUUUCCAAAGUGUUUAUCUUCAACGUGCUGGGUACUAUUGGUGUGAUAUUAGCAUAGCAUAUGAAGGGGUUCUUUUUGGCAUCAUUGACUUUGCUGCAGAUAGAAAAACAGAUCAAAAA